ACGAUAGCGAGCCCUCUCAACCUCGUCCUCUUCGCCCUCUUCAUCUUGCUCCUCUACACACGCCUGCGACCAGCUUCCAAAGCCCCCACCCUUCCCGCACCCCCAGCGCCUCUCGUCUUCAAAACCUUCACUCCCCCUCAACUGAAGCCCUUCAACGGCGAGGACAACAAGCCCGUCUUCCUAGCCGUCCGCGGGCGCGUAUUCGACGUCACCUCCGGCCGCAACUUCUACGGCCCGGAAGGUCCAUACGCCAACUUUGCCGGGCGAGACGCAAGUCGAGGCUUGGCCAAGGGCAGUUUCGAUGAAGAGAUGCUGACCGAGGAUCUCCACGGGCCGCUGGAUCGGCUGGAGGACCUGAGUGGGGAUGAAAUCGAGAGUUUGAAUGGAUGGGAGGAGAGGUUCAACGCCAAGUAUCUCGUGGUCGGCAAGCUGGUGCCGGUGGGCCAUGCAGAUGCCGAGCCAGACGAUGAGUAG